AUGCCUCGACGCACGGCUACGCCCGCCACCCCCGCGCCCGCCCCGCCCCUGCCCCCCGCCCCCCGCGAUCUCGCUCUCAUCGCCCAGUCCGACCCCGAAUGCGCCGCCAACAUACACGUCCUCCGCCGGCACUGGAAGUGGGCCAACUUUUCCCAGUUCUUCUACACCUUCGCCCCCCUCCUCGCCAUGCCCGAUGUGUUCCUCGUCGACGUGGAGGAAGACCUCGCCCGCGGCACGAACCUCUACCUGCCCCGCAUCAUGCACCGUCUGCUCUACGUCCUCUCCCAGGACCGCAAGCUCAGCAUCGACAACUGGCAGACCUCCCUCCGCCGACAGUACCUCCGCCGCGCUCCCGCAGCCAACCCUAUCGGCCCCGAGCCCAAGCUUCCGUCGCGCGGGUCGUCCCCCGCGUCCUCUGAAGACGAGAACCAGGGUGACAACGAGGACCCCGCCACCAGCGAACCGCCUAGCAACCAGCCCCAGGAGCUGGGCGAUGAGGUCGACGGUGCCGUUGCAGAACGGGGUGACCCAGCGGAGGGCACUUCGGCUCCUGCCUCGGGUGAAUCGUCGCUCGAUCCCAAGGUAGAGCCCAAGGACGAAGACGACCCCAUGACCAACGGCACAGAAGUCCCAGCUGCCAAAGCUGAUGAGGAGGACGGGGAAGAGGAGAGCAAGGAUUGGCUCGACCUACCGAUGCUCGAGAAGCUGGACUCGAUGCACCUCCUCACCGAGUGGCAGUUCCAGAAUCCGUACAAGGUCAGGCAGCUCAUGAAGGAUGACGACGACAUAGCCGACUGGCGCAUAGAACCGAUCGGUUAUGACGCAAAGGCCAACGCUUACUGGUUGAUUGGACCGGAUCGGUUAUGGAUCCAACGCGUCCCGCCCAAACCUCCCCGCAACCGCAACCUAAAGAGAAAGAGGCCUUCAGCUCCCAAGAAAGCGAAGACCCCCGAGCUUGAGGACGAGGACGAGGACGAGGACGAGCCCGUCGCCCCUUCCAAACGGACCCGCACCCAAUCCCGCGCCUCGCGCUCCCAUCCCCAGCCCCAGUCCACAUCCACCGGCCGCCGCCGCGCCGCGCGCCGCUCGACGCGCCCCUCCGCCCCAUCCAACGACGAGGACGAGAACGACGACGGGAACUCGACCUCCUCCCCGCGCAAGAGCACGCGCGCCGCGAAGGUGCGGGCGAACAAGAAGCUCGACCUCCAGGCGAAGGAGCUCGCCGAGUUCCAGCGCCAGGCCGCCGUGCUCGCCCGCUCGAGCCCGCGCAAGCCGUCGGGGAGCCCCGCGAAGCGCGCGGUGGGCACGCGCGCGAGCGCCCGCCUCCGCCACGCGGGCGGCGGUGCGGACGAGGGCGCGGACGAGGAGUGGCAGCAGGUCCCGGACGAGUGGCUCGAGGAGGCGGCGCCGGUGCAGCGGCGGACCCGCGCGCGCACGCGGUCGUCGGUCGGUCGGCCGCGGCCCCUGCGACCGGAGUCGGAAGAGGAGGAGGGGGAAGAAGAGGAGGAAGGGUCCGAGACUGGUGCGGACAAGGCCGAGGGUGACGUGGAGGGAACGGAGCAGGCUGGGGACGCUGGGGAGGCCGCCGAGGAUGCGGGGCUCUUGCACAAGGCUGGUCUCGAGAGCGGUAGCGUCAGCGAUCUCACAGACUUGUCCGGCGAGGAGGAAGAGGAGGAAGAACCUGAGAAGCCCGCGAGGGCCUCCCGACGACGGAACACCCGCACCCGCGCGAGCGGGCGCAGGAAGUCCGCCCGCCAGACCCGCCGGACCCGCGCGCACGCGCAGACGCAGUCGAAGACCGCGUCCAAGAAGGGCAAGGCCGCAGCGUCUCCCCCGCCGGCGUCCGACGCCGACCCGGAGGAGGACCCGGAGGAGCAGGACGCGGGGGAGCCGCCUGUGCCCCCGGUGCCUGAGGACUUUGUCGAGUGGGAGGCCAUCGCCGUCACGCUCGCGGAGUGGGAGGCGGUCGCGGAGCCGUUCGCGAGGGCGACGCACUACCUCGAGAAGGCGCUCUACAAGAUGCUGACGCAGAACAUCAUGCCCGCCGUCAUCGAGGACCUCCAGGAGGCGGAGAAGAAGAAGCGGAUGGAGGAGGCUAUCUCCUCCCGGAAACGCUCGUCGCGGAUCGCCCACAAGGAAAACGAGAAGGAAGAGGCGCGGAUCGCAGCGAGGAAGAAAGCCGAGGAGGAAGAUAAACUGUCGCGGUCGCGCCGCAUGGAGGCUCGACAGAAGAAGGAAGACAACGAGCGAGUCAAACAGGACCGCGCCCGUCAACAGCGGGCCAAGGAGCGGGAGGAUCGGGAGGAAAGGGCGCGGAAGAAGGCUGAGCGUACCGAACGUGCUGCGCGUGACGAAGACGCAACGACCCGCUCGACCGCUACUCCGUCGGUUACGGGGACUCAUCCCUCCAGUUCUCUACAGCCGAGUCGAGUGGUCACUCCGAACGGCGUACGCACCCCCGACUGGAUGCUGGACUGCGAAAUCUGUCACAAACACGGUCUCAAUAUGGAUGACGGUCAAGCGAUGGUCUCUUGUGGAUCUUGCAACCGUUGGCAGCACAUCAAGUGCCACGAUGCAUUUGACCACCGGAACCACCGACCACGGCGAGACUGGGACAAGCAGCAGUUCUUCUGCAUCCGCUGUCGACAGAAGUACCAGAACGGCAGCGCGUACAGCAGUCAAAGUCGGACAGGUUACGCGCCGAAUCAGCAGCCGUACUGGUCCCAAACCCCGCGUCCGGUCCAGAAGGCACCGUCAAUGGAUGGCUACCCGGCGGGCUCGGACCUCCGUUACUCGCACAGGUCUCCGAUGGAGAAUGGGCAUGGGUACGCUCAGCAGCAGUACAUGAGUGGCUCCAGCAGCGCACCCUACGCUAGGUCUGCGUAUCCCUCCAACACCGGUCUUUCGUCGAUGAACCAGUACCACGCGGAGCAGAAUGGACUGGGGUACCGCUCGGUCCCGCACCACCCGCAGUGGACCAACGGGAGCAGCAAUGGCUUCGCCGCUACACCAACUCCUCCUCUCGUCGGUCGGACGUCGUCGGGGCUUAUCGCCGCGCAGUACCCGAACGGAUACAGCAGUGGUCAAUCAACACCAUCUUAUCCCGUACGUGUCGAAAUGGAUAGCCGUUCCUCGUCGUCCAUGAUGUACGGAGGGGAAUCUGCGGCCGGGCUGUCGAGCGCUCGCUGGCCGGCGUCGACCCAGAACGGCUAUCCGGCGUCGGCCCAGGGAUCGGUGCACGACGCCGCACAGUCACUGGCGAUGAUGCAGGACGCCGGCGGACACCGCUACAACGGUGCGAGCUGGUCCCACCAGCCUUCGUACGGACACGGACAGCUCCCCGCGCCGACCCACCACUCGCCCGCCUAUGUGUCGCCACCGCCACCGCCGGUGGGCGUAGACCCGCUGACGGGACAGCCGUUCGCGCGUGUAGAGCACGCGCCGACGCCGUCGACGAACGGCGGCUCGUUCGGCUUCCCUUCGUGA